AUGAAAUCACUUCAGCAAUUGGCUCACCACAAGGCCUUCGCCGGCCUUGUCUCGCCUCGGAUCCUGCCCUCUCGGACAAUCGCUUCCACUCAGUUAUGGCAGCGUAAAUUCAGUGCUUCGGUCACCGCGGCUUCUCAGCUUCCUGCCCUGGAUGCAUCCAAGCUGACCGUGACCACGACUACCACCCCGAAGGAGCUUACUCCGAAUAAGGACCUGGUCUUCGGAAAGACCUUCACCGACCACAUGCUUUCCAUUGAGUGGACCGCUACUGACGGAUGGCAAUCUCCUCAAAUCAUCCCUUAUCAGAACCUCAGCCUGGACCCCUCCACCUGUGUGUUCCACUACGCCUUUGAGUGUUUCGAGGGAAUGAAGGCAUACAAGGAUAAAAAUGGAGGAAUCCGGUUGUUCCGUCCCAACAAGAACAUGGAGCGCUUGAACAAGUCUUCUGCGCGCAUCGCUCUUCCUACUUUUGACGGCGAGGCUUUGACCAAGCUGAUUGGGGAGUUCGUGAAGUUGGACAGUCGGUUCAUUCCGGAUGCCCGCGGCUACUCACUAUACCUGCGUCCCACCAUGAUUGGUACUCAGAAGACUCUGGGCGUUGGACCUCCGGGCUCCGCCCUUCUGUUUGUCAUCGCUAGUCCCGUCGGACCUUACUACCCCACUGGAUUCAAGGCCAUCUCCCUGGAAGCUACCGACUACGCCGUCCGUGCCUGGCCAGGUGGUGUCGGUGACAAGAAGCUCGGUGCUAACUAUGCCCCAUGCAUUUUGCCCCAACUUGAGGCUGCCUCCCGUGGCUUCCAGCAGAACCUGUGGCUCUUUGGCGAGGAGGAGUACGUGACCGAGGUUGGCACGAUGAAUCUCUUUAUCGCUCUGAAGGACAAGGAGACCGGUCAGAAGGAGCUGAUCACCGCUCCUCUCGAUGGCACCAUCCUGGAGGGUGUCACUAGAGAUUCGGUUCUCUCUCUUGCCCGGGAGAGACUGAUCCCUCAGGGUUGGAAGAUCUCGGAGCGUAAGAUUCGCAUGUCCGAUGUUGCCAAGGCCGCCGAGGAAGGCCGCAUGAUCGAGGUCUUCGGCGCCGGCACUGCAGCCAUCGUCAGCCCGGUCCGGAAUAUCAGUUACCAGGGCAAGAUGGUUGACUGCGGCUUGAAGGAGAAUGAGGAAGCUGGUGAGAUCGCUCUCCAGAUGAAGAACUGGAUCGAGCGUAUCCAGUAUGGAGACGAGCAGCACCCCUGGAGUUUCGUUAUUUAA